UGUAUUGUAGUGUACGAAUUACAGAACCUAUGCAUAGGUUCAGAGCAAGGGACAGAAAUGGUCAGUUGAGCUUCUCGGCAGUGAAUGUAUUGUGGUCUUGAGCGCGUCUGUCUAUAUGAGCUGGCGGAUCGACCGGCUACGACUGUCCUUCGCGUCGACUCAAGGUUCCUCGGCUCCUCAGCUUUGGAGCUGUCGACGCGUUACCCCGGUAAUCGGAGUACUACAGGCGAUCGUCGGUACAGUAACUCGGGUGAAGUCAGGGUCGUCGAGUAAGCGGGGUAAAUCUGGGGUUAGCGUGCGCCUCUGUGAGGCUCAGCGGGAACAUUGAUCCGUCUGUUCGGAGGAUUUGAUGUGAUCCGAAACUCU